AUGGGGAAAGUCACGGCCAAAAAAGAUGCAAAGACAUCUGUUUUCAAAAUGAAUACUGAUUUGGGUCAGCAUAUUCUUAAAAACCCACUUGUGGCCCAAGGCAUUGUCGACAAGGCCGAUAUCAAGCCUAGUGAUACGGUUCUUGAAGUCGGUCCUGGUACAGGUAACUUGACGAUCCGCAUUUUGGAGCAGGCUCGCAAGGUUGUGGCUGUUGAAAUGGAUCCCAGAAUGGCUGCCGAGCUCACCAAACGUGUGCAGGGAAAGCCGCUGGAACGCAAAUUGGAUAUUGUAAUGGGCGACUGUAUCAAGAUGGAUUUACCUUAUCACGACAUUUGUAUCUCUAACACACCCUACCAGAUCUCGUCGCCGCUUGUGUUUAAACUGUUGAACCUUCCGCGACCUCCCAGAGUUUCAAUUCUUAUGUUUCAGCGGGAGUUUGCCCUCCGUCUUCUCGCUCGUCCCGGUGAUUCUUUGUACUGUCGUCUCUCUGCAAACGUGCAGAUGUGGGCAACUGUUACGCAUGUCAUGAAGGUAGGUAGAGGCAAUUUCAGGCCCCCUCCCAACGUGGAGUCGUCGGUGGUACGAAUUGAAGUCAAGUCGCCUCGACCUCCAGUUGACUACAACGAAUGGGACGGGCUUCUUCGAGUCUGCUUUGUUCGCAAGAAUCGUACAAUUUCUGCUGGCUUCAAGUCUUCAAGCGUGCUGCAGAUUCUUGAGCAAAACUACCGCACAUUCAUCGCCGAGAACGGGCCUAAUCAUCAAGGCUACGAUGCAGCUGAGAUUCCGGAUGAUGAUCUCGCAGCUAUCGUCAAAAAGAAAAUAGAAAGCGUGCUCCAGCAAACGCAGAUGAGCGAUAUGCGUGCGGGCAAGUGCGACCAGACCGAUUUCCUCCGUCUCCUGUACGCUUUCCAUCAAGUAGGUAUUCACUUUGCAUAA